GCUGAGAGCCCACGUGUCACAGAAGCCAGGGCAGGGGGGCCCACACUGCUGUCUGCAUUUCCCAGUUGAAAUCCUACUCCAUGCUUCUUGAGUCGGGAGAUGUGUACUCCAGCGGGCAUGUGUGCCAUGGGAUCAAUAUGGCACACUUGGGGGAAGAUUAAACAUUUAAACCCAAGGUAUCCUGAGCCGAGCAAAGGUUCUUCCUCAGAGGAGCAGGCAAUAGAAGCGCCUGAACAUCAUGGCACAAGUGGACUCCCAGGACAGGUGGGAAGAGGCUCUCAGCAGCUUGACUGAGGAGCCUCAUGACCCCCAGAUGCUGAACAUGAACUUAGAGAGUGAGGAUGAAGGUGGUGGGGAGUCAGAAAAAGAGGGCACUGCUGACAUGGUGGCCUGUCUAAGGGGCAGCUCCCCAGUAACAUGUGACAAUCCUGACUUGCCGUGGCCCCAUCCGCUAGGCAAAGAAGAGGAGAAAUUCUCUGCCUCCUCCAGUGCAAGGGGCAUGGGGCAGAAACCAAUGCAGAUGUCCGGGAGAGCCAGCUGGAGCAGAGAGGUGCCAAAGAUCAACGAGACCCAGGGCUCCCCGGGAGCAAGCACAGCUCUGGGUACCCUUCCCACUGGUCUCACACACAAGCUGUUAGGUCAGCUGCAACCUCUUAGGGACCGAUUAUCUGCGGGUGAUGAUGGAGACUUGAGGGCAAACCAGAACGCAGCCUUGGAUGUCCCAUCCAGCUUCCCCAGCAAUGGAAAGUAUCUCUGUGCACACAGAAGUGUAAACACGUCCGCAGAAAACUCUUCUCUGUUGUGUUUCCCCAGGCCGGGGAGCAACUGGGACCUCCCCAUGCGAGACACACACACACCAGCCCAGGCGUCGGCCACCCCAGCCAGCUUGGCAGCCGCGGGGCUAGCAAAAGGACGAAUCGGCAGGAAGGUACAGAAGCAGGUGGGCGGGCGCGGGGGCGGAGAGGCCGAGGCGCGUCCCCACGGGCGCCUGCGGGGCGGGAGGGCCUUCCCGGAGCCCGGCUCGCCGCGGAGCCCCGCGGAGACGCGCCGCGAUGCCAAGCCCUACGCGUGCGAGCUGUGCGGGAAGGCCUACUCCCACCGCGGCACGCUCCAGCAGCACCGGCGCCUGCACACGGGCGAGCGGCCCUACCGCUGCUCCUUCUGCGGCAAGGCCUACACCUGGGCCUCCGACCACCGGAAGCACGUCCGCACCCACACGGGCGAGAAGCCCUACCCGUGCCCAGACUGCGGGAAGGCCUUCGUGCGCUCCUCGGACCUGCGCAAACACCAGCGCAACACGCACGGCAACGACAAGCCCUUCCCGUGCUCCGAGUGCGGCCUGACCUUCAACAAGCCGCUGUCGCUGCUGCGCCACCAGCGCACGCACCUGGGCGCCAAGCCCUUCCGCUGCGCCGCCUGCGACCGCGAGUUCGCGGUGGCCAGCCGCAUGGUGGAGCACCAGCGCGUGCACUCGGGCGAGCGGCCCUUCCCCUGCCCCACGUGCGGCAAGUGCUUCACCAAGUCCUCCAACCUGGCCGAGCACCAGACGCUGCACACGGGCCAGAGGCCCUUCAAGUGCGCGGACUGCGGCGUGGCCUUCGCGCAGCCGUCGCGCCUCGUGCGCCACCAGCGCAUCCACACCGGCGAGAGGCCCUUUGCUUGCACGCAGUGUGGCCAGGCCUUUGCCCGCUCCUCCACCCUGAAGCGGCACCAGCAGAUCCACUCCGGGGAGAAGGGAUUCCUCUGUGCCGAGUGCGGCAGGGCCUUCCGCAUUGCCUCCGAGUUGGCCCAGCACAUACGGAUGCACAACGGAGAGAGGCCCUACCAGUGUGAGGACUGCGGCCAGGCCUUCACCCGGUCGAAUCACCUCCAACGACACCGAGCCAAGCAUGGCACCUGCAAGAAGGAGCCCAUCCCGUCCUCCUCUGACGAGUGAAGACAGCAGCGUCGACCUCACUGCUUGGAACCUUCCCAGAAGACAGCCACCAUGUCCUAAGUAGCCUUGUGGCCCUGUGGUGAGGAACUGGGGUACUCCACCAGCAGCCACAUCAGUGACCUUUUAAGUGGAUCGCCUAGCUCCAGUCAAGAGUUCAGAUGACUGGAGACCUGGCAGACAACUUGAUUGGAACCUCAUGAAAGACCAACAGCCAGAACUGUGCAGCUAAGUGGCUCCCAAGUUACCAAUCCUUGGAAACUGUGUAAAAUAAUAAAUGCUUGUUUUUUUUUUUUU